CCGCUAGGUGGCGCUUUUGUUAGCGUGGCGAGUCCUCCAUUAUCCUAUCUUCGUUUUGUCUUUGUGUUGAAAUCUGAUUUGGAAUCGAAUACUUGCUUAAUACAUCUGAAAGCAUCUAGCUUUGAUAACUCGAUCAAAAGAAAGGGUAACGUUACAUCUUUAAAUUCCAUUCUAUAUAUUUGAUUAUGUCUGACCGGGACGGGCGGGACGGACGGGACGGAAGGGAUGGACGGGACGGUGGAGGAAGAAUGAGGAACAACGACUGCCGCAUCUACGUGGGAAAUCUUCCUCCGGAUAUUCGUUCGAAGGACAUUGAGGAUUUAUUCUAUAAGUACGGAAAAAUAGUUUUCAUCGACGUGAAGAACAGACGCGGUCCGCCUUUCGCUUUCGUGGAGUUCGAGGAUUCGAGGGACGCGGAUGACGCCGUUCACUCGAGGGACGGAUACGACUACGACGGAUACAAGCUACGAGUGGAGUUCCCGCGCGGGGGCGGUGGGCCGGGAGGACGCGGGGGUGGGGGCGGCGGCGGCGGCGGCUACGGGCGCGGGGGAGGAGGGGGCGACCGCGGCGGUGGGAGGCGGUCAGGCCCUCCCUCGCGACGUUCCGACUACCGCGUCAUCGUCACGGGACUGCCGCCGACUGGCAGCUGGCAGGACCUCAAGGACCACAUGCGGGAGGCGGGUGAUGUGUGCUACGCGGACGUGUACCGGGACGGCACGGGCGUCGUCGAGUUCCUGCGCAGCGAGGACAUGAAGUAUGCCGUACGCAAGCUAGACGACUCCAAGUUCAGGUCGCACGAGGGGGAGACGAGCUACGUCCGCGUGAAGGAGGACUACCGCGGCGGCAGCCCGCCCUCUGGUGGCGGAGGAAGGUCGCGAAGCCGUAGCGUCACGCCGGCGCGCGGCCGCCGUGCGUCUCCGAGCUACUCGCCCGCCCGGAGGUCCCGCUCCCGCUCACGCUCGUAAAGGGGAGGUCGUCGCCGCGACGGCGCAGAGAGAAGUGUCUCAUCGGUGGAACACUAGCAGCAGCAGCAGCAGCAGCUUCAUCUAGCGUAUCAGUGGCACGUGUAAGUGUCUCGAUCCGCCCUGUCGAAAACGAUUUCGCGAUCGCUCCUUGCGCGUUUUUUCUCCUUCUCCCCUUCCCCCCCGACGUCGUCGUCGUCCGACGCGAGCACGUUUCGGUCGUCGUCGUCGCGAGGGGUUGCCGAAAACAAAGUCACUACAUUCCAUUUUCCAACCGGCACGCGCAUCCACCCCUUUUCUGUCGCGGACAUCCGCGCGCAUUUUCGUUUACGAGUGAGUACCAGUCGUUCUUUCUCGCGCGACGCGACGGUCCCGGUUUUUGCGUCGCGAGAGUAGAUCCACUUGUUUGCUUAGGAGGUUUCACUAGUUCCGUGUAGAAUGUCAAAUGAAUAGAAAGGAGAAUGUUGGAGGAGACGCGUCCUUUUGGCCCCCCGUUGCCGUCCACAUCGGUUGUUCGAUCUGUGUGAGAGUAUGCGAGAUGUGGACGCUCGCUCUAAUAACCUCGCGUGUCGACGUACGCGCGCCACAGUCUCUGUAUCCGUGGGUGCCGUCCACGCCCGAUACGUUGCCAGUGUAAAUAACGACGCACGCGCGCGUGGAGGGGGUUGCUCGGUCGGAUGGAUCCCCUGUCUCCAUCGUAGGUCGUACUGACCCACGGAUUGUCUAAAGUAGUGUGUACAGAAAGUAUAAUUUGUAUCGACGGCGUCAUCAGUCGUAGCGUCUCACGAAAAAAAUGCGUGUAAAUGCUUCCAAAGAGUCAUGUAGCUUGUGUAACGUUUCGAUUCCAUUGUCGGUGUAGAAGAAAUGUGCGGUUUUGCGUUGAGGUGGCGUUGGGAUGCGAAGGUAGCAUCAGCGUUAGGAAACUGCUGUCAAAGGUUGGGAUUUGUGGCGCGUUUUAACGAUUUUUAACUGUUAUAGAAGUUUUGUCUGUUGUCCUUGUCUCGUCUGUUUACCGCUGAAGGUCAUUAGAGGUUGAAAUAUUCAUGUGUCUUGUCUACAUUUCCAACGCACACACCCCUCCCACCCGCACACCCACUUGUCUACCGCCUGCCUGCCUGCUCGUUCUUCGUAAUAAACUGAUUUUACUUCCUUUUGUCAGAUUCACACACUGGAUCGUGUGAUCGGAUUUGGAGGAGUACUUGUAUGAUUUGGAGGAGAGGCUCGCGGAAAGUCGGAUGUCAUUGGGAGGAUAAAUCUAGACAUCGCACUCGCUAAGGCAUUAAACUGGAGAGAGAGGGAGCGCGAUUAUUUAUCGGAAGGAAUCACGGGAUGGGACUGUGCGAUGUCCUCGGAAUAAGCAGCGGAUAAAGGGAAGGUUGGAUUCUGGAUGCUAGGAUAGAAUUGGAGAAGGAAACCUCGAUAUUUUCAAUUUUCCAAAGUUACAGAAUUCCCCCGGAAUAAGGAUUGGAUUAAGGACCUGAAAGUGAUGGUCCCUCUGUGGAUACUAGGAUAUUAUUUCCAAUAUUACAGAAUUCCCCCGGAAUAAGGAGCGGAUUAAGGAAUGGAUUAAGGACCUGAAAGGGAUGUUUACUUUCUGGAUACUAUGAUAUAAUUGGAUGCGAACUCUUUGGACAAAAGUCCCUGGAAACUCAUCCAACUUCUUAUGAGGAUUAGCAGAACGGAUAGUUGGAGUUUGGAUACUUUAAAUUUGGAAAGGACACAUGCCCAUGUAUGCGGAUUAAAGAAAACACGGAUAGGAAACGGAAUUCUGGAUACUUGGAUAAAAUUGGAGGAGGAAACGUAGCCAAAUCCAUGGAUUUGGAAUUCCUCAUAUUCCGGAAUCUUUAGGAGUACUUGUGAUAAAAUUGGAGAGAUCAGGAGUAAGAAGCGCUGAGCGAGAGAGGGAGGAGUCUGGAGUCUAGGAUAACGUAAAGGAAUCCCCCAUUCGGAUAUCGUUCUAGGACAUUGUGUCUCUCCCCCUUAACAGGUAAGCACGCUCCGGGCUUCCGGGAUAGGCGUCCGCGCCAUUCCGGAGUCUCACCGCCCGGAGCGAGUCCUUGCAGUGACCUUACAAUUUCAGGAAACUCGCAGAUGCCAUCGAGGAUAUACCUCCUCCCCCUCUCUCUUCAUCCUCCUCUUCCUCCCCCUCUUCCUCCCCCCUCUUCAUCCUCCUAUUCCUUCCCCUCCCUCUUCAUCAUUCUACUCUUCCUCCCAUUCCCUCUUCAUCCUCUAACUGUCUUUAUUCUUUUUUUCUCCUCCCGUCACACUCCUCUUACCGCCUCCUCUUCCUCCCCUCUCUCUCCUCUUACGCCACCUCAUUCCCGUCUUGCAGCGGCGAUUUUCAGGGCUGAGUGUCUCGUGGUAAGUAGCAUCCCGGCGUGCUUGGCCCCGGUGCGCCGCGGGUGACGCGCCUGCACCGUGUGUGGCGUUCGACGCUCGAGGGAGGCGGCUCUGUCCUAUAGGUGGAGCCAGCGAGCGCUUGAUGGCGAAGUCUGUCUCCUUUCCCGCCGUCGCGCGUUUCUGGCGCGCAGACGUCGUCGGUUCAAGGUCAAUCUUGCUUGCUCCUGCUCCUGCAUCUCCCCUUCCCCUUUUCCUCUUCCUGCUUAUUGAAAUCGUGUUUUUUUAUCUGUUCGUUGUCGUGUUGUUCGUUCGUGUGACCGCAUGCGGUAUUUGUAGAGUUAGCGAGAUGAUUAAAUGGUGGUUUUAAAAAUAUGAA